ACGACUCCUUCGCAACUUUCCCGCGCGCGUGACCAUAUUUUCAACCAACCACCACGUGUUUUGUGCAUGUAUCGUGUCCGAAUCUGCAACUUGCAUAUGACUCUAUUAGUAUGUACUAUGGAUCCUCCACGAACAUGUCCAGGAGGCCGCAAGAAGAACCGUGGUUUGUCUGCAAAACAGUACACUAAGAUCACGGGCACUAUCGCUUCUGUUCGCAGAAAUAGAUAGCUGAAUACUGAGCGACAACAUCUACAAAGAUACAAAUUUUUGCUUACGUUCAUCA